AUGGGCAUUGGGGUGUUCAUAGACAACAUCAACAUCCCGAAAGGCCAAUACAUCGCGGAGGCCAUCCCAAGGGCAAUCGCGGAGUCCAGAUUCUCCGUCGUCGUUUUGUCCAAGGGCUACGCCUCUUCCACGUGGUGCUUGGACGAGCUGGUGCAAUUCCGCGUCAUCAAAUUCUACAGCUGGCUCAGAUAUGACCGUGCCUUGCCGGUCUUUUACCAUUUGCCCCCCUCCGGUGUCUCGGAUCUCUCUUCCGGCUGCUACAAGCGCGACUUGGACCGCCACAAGGAAAAGUUCACGUACGUCAGGGUCAAUCGCUGGCGACUUGCUCUCAAGUCCAUCGCCGACAUUGCCGGCUGGGUUCUUUCCGACCAUCAGUACGUACUCGUACAGAAAUUUGUUUUGUUUGUCAAAACUUACUCCAUAUAUAUAUAUCUUUUAUUUAUCAUAAAAUUUUGGAGAUUUUGA